AUGGAAUACACGUCCUUUGUGCUCAAAAUCAAGGCAGAAUCAUGGGAUAUAAGUUGUGGAACUAUUUACUUGUGGACUGAUUCUACAAUAGUUCAAGGAUGGUUCAAUAGCCACUCCUCAAGAUUAAAAAUAUUUGUAGCGAAUCGAGUGAAUCGAAUAUUGGAUUUAACAGAAGUUCAACAAUGGCGGCAUGUACGUACUUAUGAGAAUCCUGUCGAUAUCAUAUCUCGAGGUAUAAAUGCAGCAGAGUUGAUUGGAGCAAACACUUCCUGGUUAGAGAAAGACAAGUCAAGUUGGCAGCCGCAACCUACGUUGAAUGUAGAAUUAGAAGAACUGCCUGAAAUUCGAGAGAUAAAACUAGCGUUAAUCGUAACUAACCCAGUGGUUCAUAUGAUCAAGCAAUACUCGGAAUGGAAUUGCAUGCUCCGAGGAAUCUGCUGGUUAAGAAGGUAUACAAGGUACGUCAAAGGAGACAAAGGCUCUAGAAACCCUCGAAAACUCCAGAUAGCAGAGCUGAGAGAGGCAAGGACAACAGUAUUAAAAAUAGUUCAACAAGAAUGCUUUCGCAAGGAGUUCAUAGCACUGGAAAAGGGACAGGAAGUGCCAAAAAACAGCAAGUUGAGGUGUCUAAAUCCAUUCAUACAAAAUGGAUAG